AUGUCUUCAAAAAUUGAAAGGGCCUUUUCAGGUCCAGCUUUGAGCAUCAACAACUUCUUAGACAAGAUGCCCAAAAUUUACAAUGUCUAUUUCAUUGCCAGUAUAUCCACCAUUGCUGGUAUGAUGUUUGGUUUCGAUAUCUCCUCGAUGUCGGCCUUUGUUGGUCAAGACGCGUACUUGAACUACUUCAACAGCCCAGGCUCAGAUAUGCAAGGUUUCAUCACCUCGGCAAUGGCCUUGGGUUCCUUCUUUGGCUCCCUUGCUUCCACAUUCGUUUCAGAACCAUUCGGUAGAAGAUUAUCAUUGUUGACCUGUUCGUUCUUCUGGAUGGUUGGUGCUGCCAUUCAAUCCUCUUCCCAAAACAGAGCUCAGUUGAUCAUUGGUCGUAUCAUUUCCGGUGUUGGUGUUGGUUUCGGUUCAUCUGUUGCUACUAUUUACGGAGCUGAGUUGGCACCAAGAAAAAUUAGAGGUUUAAUCGGAGGUUUGUUCCAAUUCAGUGUCACCCUCGGUAUCAUGAUCAUGUUCUACAUCUCAUACGGUUUGGGUCAAAUCAAUGGCACUGCCUCAUUCAGAAUCGCUUGGGGUAUCCAAAUCGUUCCUGGUUUGCUCUUAUUCCUUGGAUGUCUCAUCAUUCCUGAAUCUCCUCGUUGGUUGGCUAAGCAAGGUCAAUGGGAAAAGGCUGAGUUUAUUGUCUCCAAGAUUCAAGCUAAGGGUGACAGAGAGAACCCAGAUGUCUUGAUUGAAAUCACCGAAAUCAAGGACCAAUUGUUGAUUGAAGACCAAGCCAAGUCGGUCAGUUACGCUACUUUGUUCAAAAAGAAAUACAUCUUGAGAACCUUUACUGCUGUUUUCGCUCAAAUCUGGCAACAAUUGACAGGUAUGAAUGUUAUGAUGUACUAUAUCGUCUACUUGUUCAUGAUGGCUGGUAAGACUGGUAACACAAACUUGGUUGCCUCAUCAAUUCAAUACGUGCUUAACGUCGUCGCCACUGUGCCAGCAUUGUUCCUUGUUGACAAAAUCGGUAGAAGAAAGUUGUUGAUUGGUGGUGCAGUUAUGAUGAUGAUUUUCCAAUUUGGUCUUGCUGGUAUCUUGGGUGCUCACUCCAAGCCAUGGCCAGAUUCAGGUAAUGAAUCCGUCACUAUUCAAAUCCCACUCAGUGACAAAAGAGCUUCUGAAGGUGCCAUUGCUUGUUCCUACUUGUUUGUCUGUAGUUUCGCCAUGUCAUGGGGUGUCGGUAUCUGGAUCUACUGUUCUGAAGUCUGGGGAAACAACCGUAUCUCACAAAGAGGUAACUCACUCUCAACUUCGGCCAACUGGAUUCUCAACUUUGCCAUUGCCAUGUACACUCCUUCCGGCUUUGCCAACAUCAACUGGAGAACAUACAUUAUCUAUGGUGUCUUUUGUUUGGCCAUGGCUAUCCACGUCUUUUUGGGUUUCCCAGAAACCAAAGGUAAGCGUUUGGAGGAAAUUGGUCAAAUGUGGGAUGAAAAGGUGCCUGCUUGGAGAUCUUCCUCAUGGCAACCAACCAUUCCUAUUGCUUCAGAUGCUGAAAUUGCAAGAAAGUUGAGUGUUGAGCACAAGGAAGAUGGUGAAUUAAUGGAGCAAGACACUAAUUCUGAAGAGAAAAUUUAA